CAUUCUGCUAUCAAAUUUAAAUUCUCAAAACACCCACAUAAUUUAUUUUCUUAAAACAAUUGAGAUCUUAACAGGAAAACAUUAAAGAUUCAAACUUUCUAUUUCAGGUGCAUAUGGUGUCAUAUAUCUUGACAUGAUCUUGGUUAUCAAGUUAGUAUCGACCACAGUGAUAUAUGAUGCUAUAUUAACCAAGCGGAGUAAACAAGUGCAUGUCUUCAGCGCCCAAAUAGAAAAAUGGGCGUAAAAACGAUUCCAACACGCUAUUUGAUCGUCAUUCUAACCUUCAUCUGUACCUCGGUAUGUUACAUAGAACGUGUAGGCUUCUCAAUAGCAUAUACAGUUGCUGCUGAUGCAGAAGGAGUAAGCCAGUCAAGCAAAGGCACUAUCCUUUCUACAUUCUAUUAUGGAUACGCCUUAUCGCAGGUCCCAGGUGGCUGGGCAGCUCAGAAAAUUGGUGGAAGGCGCGUACUCCUUUUUUCGUUUAUACUUUGGUCUCUAACUUGUGCUUUAGUACCACUUGAUCCAAACAGAGUGAUUACCCUAGUGAUAGCUCGAUUACUUGUUGGAGUAGCACAAGGGUUUAUUUUUCCAUCUAUCCACACCGUUCUUGCUCAGUGGGUCCCACCACAUGAACGUUCAAGAUCUGUUUCAUUAACAACGUCUGGAAUGUACCUAGGGGCAGCCAUGGGUAUGCUUCUGCUUCCUAGUCUCGUAAAGUUUAAAGGUCCACAAUCUGUAUUUCUUGCUGAAGCAGCUUUAGGUGGGAUGUGGUCUCUUCUUUGGUUCAAUUGUGCCAGUGAUCCCCCUCGCUCCCAGCAUCCAAAAGCUGCUGCAUCUGGUUUUGGUGAGUCAUUACUCCCAGUCAAAGAUGGUCAAACUCUAAAGACUAAAAACGAUAAAACUAGUCAAAUCCCAUGGAGAAGGAUAUUUCUCAGCUUACCUGUAUGGGCUAUUGUUGCUAAUAAUUUUACUUUCCAUUAUGCUCUAUAUGUGCUUAUGAAUUGGCUACCGACCUACUUUGAACUAGGUCUUCAGUCUAGCCUUCAAGAUAUGGGCUCUUCUAAAAUGAUGCCUUAUUUGAACAUGUUUAUAUUUUCAAACAUUGGCGGGGUGAUUGCCGACCACGUCAUUACUAAAAAAAUUAUGUCCGUGACAAAAGCAAGAAAGGUAUUGAAUACAGUUGGAUUCGUGGUUUCUUCCUUUGCAUUGAUUGCAAUUCCUCAUUUUCGAACACCUGAUGGUGUGGUGCUAUGUUCUUCUUUGGCUCUUGGGUUUUUGGCAUUAGGAAGAGCUGGCUUUGCUGUAAAUCACAUGGAUAUUGCUCCUCGGUAUGCUGGUAUUGUGAUGGGAGUUUCUAACACUGCUGGCACUUUAGCCGGAAUUAUUGGGGUUGGAUUAACUGGUCAGCUUUUGGAAGCUGCCAAGGCUACAGAUUCAGAUCUUUCAAGCCCGGAUAGCUGGAGAGCAGUGUUUUUCAUUCCGGGGUUGCUUUGCAUUUUAAGUUCAGUUGUCUUUUUGUUAUUUUCAACUGGAGAGAGGAUAUUUGACUGAGGUAGGUCAGUUAUUACUUACUAGUAAAAUUAUCCUAUAAAUUAUAAUCUUUAUAUGCUA